UCGCGCGCCUUCGCCAUCAUCGCCGCGCGCCGCGUGCCGGGAGUGACGCGCGCUCCGGCACCGCCAGCAUGGAGGAGGCGGGGGCGGCCCCGGCCCCGGCCCUCGCCGAGCUGCGGGCGGACGAGUGUUAUGCUGACUUCUUCAGAGAAGACUUUGAUGUGAAAGCUUACACUUCCCAGUCUAUCCAUCAGGCUGUGAUAGCUGAGCAACUGGCAAAACUUGCCCAAGGUAUUAGUCAGUUGGAUAAAGAGCUGCAUUUACAAGUUGUUGCAAGACAUGAAGAUCUGUUGGCCCAAGCAACUGGAAUUGAAUCCCUGGAAGGUGUCCUCCAAAUGAUGCAAACUAGAAUUGGUGCUCUGCAAAGUACUGUUGAUAGAAUCAGAGUCAAAAUUGUUGACCCCUACAACAAAAUAGUGUCUCGCACAGCUCAGCUAGCAAAGCUUCAAGCUGCCUGCGACUUGCUGCGCAGGAUAAUACGCAUCUUGUAUCUCAGUAAGAGACUUCAAGGACAACUGCAAGGAGGAAGCAGAGAGAUAACAAAAGCUGCCCAGAGUCUCAAUGAACUUGAUUAUCUUUCUCAAGGGAUAGAUCUGUCUGGAAUAGAAGUAAUUGAAAAUGACCUGCUUUUUAUUGCAAGAGCUCGGCUUGAGGUGGAAAACCAGGCUAAAAGGUUGCUUGAGCAAGGUGUGGAGACUCAGAAUCCUACUCAAGUGGGAACUGCUCUUCAGGUUUUCCAUAACCUUGGGACUUUGAAGGAUACCAUUGAUAAUGUGGUGGAUGGAUACUGCACAGUUCUGGAGGAGAACAUAAAAAAUGCUUUGGAUAUCAAAGUAUUGACCCAACCAUCUCAAACUGUUACAAGAGGUGGCCCUGGUAGAGCUGCUAUGCCAACACCUGGGAACACAGCAGCUUUUCGAGCAGCCCUCUGGACAAACAUGGAGAAACUCAUGGAUCAGAUCUGUGCUGCGUGUGGACAGGUGCAGCAUUUGCAGAAAGUAUUGACAAAGAAAAGAGAUCCCGUGUCACAUGUCUGCUUCAUAGAGGAAAUAGUUAAGGAUGGCCAGUCUGAUAUUUUGUACAAAUUUUGGACUGCAGUAACUCAGACACUUUCCUCUCAGUUUCAGUCAGCAACAGACUCCUCUAUGUUUUUGAAACAAGCAUUUGAAGGAGAAUACCCUAAAUUGCUGAGGCUUUAUAAUGACUUGUGGAAGCGCCUCCAACAAUAUAGUCAAAAUAUUCAGAGGAAUUUUAGCACGACUGGAACUACGGAUCUUUUUGCUGAGCUACAACAAAUGGAAGAAGAUGCACAGGACAUAUUCAUGCAAAAAAAAGAAGAUUACGAUCCAGAAAAGGCCUUGAAAGAUUCACUGCAACAGUAUGAAGCUGCUUAUUUGUCAAAAUCCUUAUCUCGACUCUUUGACCCCAUCAAUCUUGUCUUCCCUCCUGGAGGUCGGAAUCCUCCCUCUUCUGACGAGCUUGACAGCAUCAUUAAAACUAUAGCCAGUGAGCUAAAUGUGGCUGCAGUUGAUCCAGACCUGAGUUUAGCUGUGGCAAAAAAUGUGGCAAAGACCAUUCAGCUUUACGGUGUAAAGUCUGAGCAGCUUCUGUCUACUCAAGGAGAUGCCAGCCAGGUGAUUGGGCCACUCACAGAGGGACAGAGGAGGAACGUGGCUGUAGUUAAUUCGCUGUACAAACUGCACCAGUCUGUUCUGAAGGUCAUUACCAAUCAGAGCUCAUUUCCAGCAGCUGCUGAGCAAACAGUCACAACUGCCUUAAAGGCAGUCCAUGAUCUAAUGGGUAGUGCUGUUCAGCCGUUACUGAACUCAGUAGGAGAUUCAGUGGAAGCUAUUAUCAUCACUAUGCACCAGGAAGAUUUUUCUGGAUCAUUAUCCGGCUCAGGAAAACCAGAUGUCCCCUGUUCUCUCUACAUGAAAGAGCUACAGGGUUUUAUAGCCAGAGUCAUGAGCGACUACUUCAGACAUUUUGAGUGUUUUGACUUUGUCUUUGAUAACACUGAAGCCAUGGCUCAAAGAGCAAUUGAACUUUUCAUUCGCCAUGCCAGUCUAAUAAGGCCCCUCGGUGAAGGUGGAAAGAUGAGGGUUGCAGCGGAUUUUGCACAGAUGGAGUUAGCAGUAGCGCCGCUGUGUCGGCGAGUCUCUGACCUGGGAAAGUCUUACAGACAGCUGAGGUCGUUCAGACCACUGCUGUUCCAGACCAGUGAGCAUAUUGCCAGUAGCCCAGCUCUGGGAGAGGUUAUUCCAUUCAGCAUUAUUCUUCAGUUCUUAUUUACAAGAGCACCACCAGAGUUAAAAUCACCCUUCCAGAGGGCUGAGUGGUCCAUUGCCCGUUACUCCCAGUGGCUCGAUGAUCAUCCAUCUGAAAAAGACAGGCUCGCUCUCAUACGUGGUGCACUGGAAGCUUACGUUCAAUCAGUCAGAACGAGAGAGGGGAAGGAGUUUGCACCAGUCUACCCCAUAAUGGUUCAGCUGCUGCAGAAAGCCAUGUCAACCCUUCAGUGAGCACACCUGGAUAACACUCUCGACAUACGGAAUGGACACGUUCACAGUCAGGCGUCUUUGGUGCCACAAAUGUUUUUACGGUUCUUGUACAUUAUUCCCAAAUACAGAAGCUUUACAGUGAAACGUGUUUACCUACUUCGUCUCUGAAACUUGUCUUCUUGCUUUACUUUCCCAUUACAGGAACUUAUACAGAAAUAUUAUAAGGAAAUCGUACAACUUCUUUGUGCUGUAAGUCUGCAUCUAAUUGAAACAUUCUUAAGCAUUCCUUUUGAAUUUAGAAAAGUGUAAAAUUAGAACUCAAAUAUUACAGUAUAAUUGCUGAAUAUCUCAAAUAAGGAAGCAGCUCUUUUCCUACAAGUAGAGUUUUAAAACAGUUGGAUACAUUUUGGCCUUAUUCAGAAAACUGAACUUCUGAAAUGCUAGAAUCAUCAGUUUCCAUCUAAAAAUCACUAAUUUUAACAGAAGGAAAAAUAUUUAUAACUAACCUAAAUGAUUCCCUACUGCACUGCUACUUGCUUAGAAAUGAUUUAUAUUUAUUUCCACUCUCUUUUUGCUUAAACUGUAAUAAAGAACAUUGACUAUCCAAUCCCGAAAUCGGUAUUUGAAAUUCUUCAGCAUCUUCCUAAUGGCAAAGCAUAAAAAU